UUGGGAACGUCACAUGGCCAAACUAUUACAACCUCCCCCUAAGUUCCUGCCCUCAGAGUGGCACAUAGCUAACAAGAACCAAUACCAUGGCGCAGAUGCUCAAAGAUCCCGAUCUGAACGCCUGGUGGCAGAAAGCCAGAGGCUUGUGGAUGAAAUUGAAAAGACCUCAAGAAAAUCUCAAAAUGACGUCAACAAGAAACUAGAACAGAGGCUUGAGGAAGUCAAGUUCUGGAAGAAGGAGUUAGAUGACAAAGUUGAGCAGCUUGUGCAUGUAACCGAGGAUCUACUGAUAUUUAAGAUCAGGUUGGAAAAAGCCCUGGAGACCUUAAAAGAGCCCUUGCACAUCACCCAGACAUGCCUGACAUACAGGGAGCAGCGAGUUGGGGUCGACUUGAUGCAUGACGAAGUGGAACAGGAGCUCAUCAAGGAGUCUGAGGUCCUCCAGGGGAUCAUGGCCCUGCUGACCCGCACCCUGGAGGAGAUUACUGAGCAGAUCAGGUUAAACCGUUCUGCCAAGUACAACCUGGAAAAGGAUUUGAAGGACAAGUUUGUGGCCCUGACCAUUGACAAUAUCUGCUUCUCACUCCAUAACAACUCACCAAACAUCAGAUUUUCUGAGAAUGUCACCAGGAUUGAACCAAACUCUGUGAGUAUGGGAGACUGGUUGGACUUCGCCAACACCAACGUGGAGAAGGCUGACAAGCAGCGGAACAACUCCCUGACGCUGAAGGUCCUGGUGGACCGAAUCCUGUCUCAGACGGCUAACGACCUGUGCAGGCAAUGCGAUGUGGUGGACACGGCAUUCAAGAACGGGCUGAAGGAGACCAAGGAUGCCAAGGACAAACUGGCUGUUCAUCUGGCCAAGGUCCUGGAAGAGAUUGCUUCCCAGGAGAAAAACAUUACUGCUCUUGAAAAAGCCAUCCUUGAUCAAGAAGGGCCUGCCAAAGUGGCUCACACCCGCCUGGAGUCCAGGACGCACCGACCUAAUGUGGAGCUGUGUCGAGAUACUGCCCAGUAUCGGCUGAUCAAGGAGGUUCAGGAGAUCAACUACAACGUUGGAAGGUUAAAGGAAACAUUAGCCCAGGCUCACGCAGAGCUGAAAGGGCUGAAUCGCAGGCAGCUGGCCCUGCAAGAGGAGAUCCAGGUCAAGGAGAACACCAUCUACAUUGAUGAGGUGCUGUGCAUGCAGAUGAGGAGGUCCAUCCCACCCAGGGAUGGGGAAGACCGAGGGGGUUGGGCCGGGGCCCUCCGCCCUGAUGCAGUCUGUUAAUAGGAGGGGAACUUUGAUUCUCGAGUCUCAUUAAACCAUACCAUAAAGCAGU